AUAACUGUAUUAUUAUAGUCAAGAAAAUUGAUUUUGUCCAAAAUUAACUUGACUUAGUUUUUUCUUGUCUAUUAUAAUUCUCUGUGACUCGAAAGAUUAAUCUCUCCUAUUUGUGAAAGAUACAAUAAAUAUGAGAUUAUAUAUAGACUCAACUAUCAACUACUAUAGUCUCUCAGCUCUUCAAAUACCAACUAUUCAAAACAUGAAGUAAACUACAACUAUACAAGUACUAGCUAAUAGCUAGAUAUUCACUACAUCUCAAACCUAUUUCCAUAAGUUAUGGACUGGUUCUCUUGGUUAUCCAAGACCAACCUAGACCCUUUUCUACUCUACGAGUAUAGCCUCACUUUCACCCGCAACGAGCUUCAACUACAAGACUCAAUCCACUUCACCCAUGAGUUUCUCCAAAGCAUGGGAAUUUCAGUUGCCAAACACAGGCUAGAAAUUCUCAAGCUUGUCAACAACCAAAACAACAAAGUGCCAAAAGACACCAAGAAGUUUUCUUUGGUUAAGUGUAUAAAGAAAUGUCUAAGCAAACUCAUUUUCCAUGAAGAAGAAAAAAACAAGAACAUGAUUUCAAUGCAACAAGAGCAAAGUUGGAACCAAGGGAAAUGGAGAAGAGCAUUGGUAAGUGAGGAACUCAAAGGAGAUAAGGGUAUGCAUAGAAAUAGGAGAAUAGCAUUUUCAGGGCCUUUGGAUGGAAGAAUGUAUGAUGAGAAAAUGGUGGUUACCAACAAAAGUAUGUUGAAGUUUUCUGGUCCUCUUGAUGGAAAGAUGAAUGAAAGAAAAAUGGUUUACACGAAUAGAAGUCCUUUGAGAAAUAGGCCUAUUGAAGGAAGGUUUGUGGGUGCUACAACAAGGAGUCCAAGAUUUUCUGGACCAAUAAGUCCAAAUGAUUUUCAUUGUCUCUACAACAAGACAGGAGAUGAUUGUGAUUUUGAGGAUGCUGAAAUGUGGCGUGCAUUGUUUGAAGAUCUUAAACCAACUUGAUUUUUUUUUUUUUGGGUUUUUCUUGGUGUGAAAUUAGUGUUUUCUUUAUCAAGUAUGAUGGUUCUUGAAUUUUGUAGUAUUUUUUUUUUGGUGUUUCUUUCUGUUCUUCUGUCAACUAGAAUGUUUCAUUACGUUUCAGUGUGCUUUCGCAUGACGUUUUGGCACGAAUUCAAAAGAUUACAUA